AUGUCUCUGACGAGCUUUUUACCGGCGCCGACCCAGCUGUCUCAGGACCAGCUGGAGGCAGAGGAGAGGCUCCGGGCCCAGAAGUCCUACUCCACCGCCCUGGUGUCGUCCCGCAGAGAGCCGCCUCCAUACGGACACAGAAAAGGCUGGGUGCCUCGCUCCCUUGAGGACUUUGGAGAUGGAGGAGCUUUCCCAGAGAUCCACGUGGCCCAGUUUCCUCUGGAGAUGGGGAGGAAAAAGAAGACAUCCAACGCUCUGGCGGUGCAGGUGGAUGCAGAAGGAAAGAUCAAAUAUGACGCCAUCGCUAGACAAGGACAGAACAAGGAUAAGGUGGUGUUCAGUAAGUACACAGAUCUUCUUCCGAAGGAAGUUCUGAAUCAAGACACUCCAGAACUACAGAAGCCCGACGAGGAGGCUGUAAAAGAGCUGACGGAGAAGACCCGGGCCGCCCUGGACAAGCAGGUGUCUCAAAAGAUCGCUGCUGCCAUGCCUGUAAGAGCUGCAGACAAACAAGCUCCUGCGCAGUACAUCAGAUACACCCCGUCCCAGCAGGGGGUGGCUUUUAACUCGGGGGCCAAACAGAGGGUGAUCCGCAUGGUGGAAAUGCAGAAAGAUCCGAUGGAACCUCCACGUUUCAAGAUCAACAAGAAGAUUCCUCGAGGACCUCCUUCUCCCCCUGCCCCGGUCAUGCAUUCCCCAAGUAGAAAGAUGACAGUCAAGGAGCAGCAGGAGUGGAAGAUCCCUCCAUGCAUCUCCAACUGGAAAAACGCAAAGGGUUACACCAUUCCUCUUGACAAACGUCUGGCUGCUGAUGGUAGGGGCCUGCAAACAGUUCACAUCAACGAAAACUUUGCCAAGCUGGCCGAGGCGCUCUACAUUGCUGACAGAAAGGCCAGAGAGGCGGUGGAGAUGAGAGCUCAGGUAGAGAAGAAGAUGGCCCAGAAGGAGAAGGAAAAGAAGGAGGAGAAACUGAGGGAACUGGCCCAAAUGGCCAGAGACCGCAGGGCAGGGAUCAAAAGUCACGGGGACAAAGGUGGUGGCGAGGACGGCGAGGCCAGAGAGCGUGACGAGAUCCGCCAUGACAGAAGGAAAGAGAGACAGCACGACAGGAACAUUUCCAGAGCUGCUCCUGAUAAGAGGUCGAAGCUGCAGAGAGACCAGGACAGGGACAUCAGUGAGCUCAUCGCUCUGGGUGUGCCCAACCCUCGAUCCGGCAAUGAGGCCCAGUACGACCAGAGACUCUUCAAUCAGAGCAGGGGCUUGGAUAGUGGUUUGAACGGCGGUGAGGACGACGUAUACAACGUGUACGACCAGCCGUUCCGUGGCGGCAGAGACAUGGCUUCGAACAUCUACCGGCCCAGCAGGAAUAUAGACAAGGACGCCUACACAGAUGACUUUGACACACUCAUGCAAAACAACAGGUUUGUUCCAGACAAAGAGUUCUCAGGUGCCGACCACGGUCAGAGGCGGGAAGGGCCAGUCCAGUUUGAAGAGGAUCCCUUCGGUCUGGACAAGUUCUUGCAGCAGGCCAAGCACCACGGCGGCUCCAAGAGGCCAUCCACCAGCAGCCGAUCAAAGGAUGACUACCACGACAAGAAACGCAGGAAGGAGUGAGCGCGACCGGGAACAUACAGCGGCUGCUAGCAUGUUAGAGGAGGGGGAACCUUCUCAGUGGUUGACAGAGGUUUUUAACAUACUCAAGUCUCUAUCAGGAAUGAUCUGUCAGGUUUUAGUUUUCUUUCAGUGUGGGAGAAGGUGAAUGAUUAUAAAAGUUAUAUUUUUUUUAAUCUUUUCUCCUUUUGUUCACAAGUAUUGUUUACUUGGCUCUAUUCAGAAUAUGUUGAGCUCUAGGCGUCAUGUUAAUAUGACAAGAGUGGACGUUAGAUCUAACGCAGGUGGCGCUAAACUGAAAGCUGUUGUAUGUGAGAUCGACCUCUGCAUCUGAAAACAUUUCUCUGUACAGGGUAAAUGUCAUUUCAGAUGUGGAUAUAAAUAUUUUGUCAUAUUGGAUCCUUGAUAUUUGUAGAUUUUAGUUAUUGUAUGUUCUUUUUUGUUUUGUUUUUUUUAAUACAGAGUAAACCCAGCAGGAAAUAUUUACAUUUUUUCUCAUUUGUCCCUCAACGUCUCCCCCUUUAAGUUUUCGUCAACAGUUUUAUUUAAGACACUGAUGUGUUUGUGAGCACAGUUAAAGCCCGUAUUUGAUGACAGAUGUGUACAGCAGUAUGAAAUCAGUAAGAUUAAAAGCAAACCAGCUUUAUAAUUCUUGUACAUUACUACCAGUGGAAUAAAUUUCAUAUAGUGUGUAAUU